GCCUCCGGAAAAGGCCGUUGUGUCGCCUGUUUGGAGGGAGCAGAGUCUGAGCGGUGCGUUCGGUCAACAUUAUAGUGGGAAAAGCUUUUACAAAGAUGGCUGUGAGUUUGCCUCCGGGUGGUGUGAACCUAGAGUCGCAGCUUUCGUCCAUAAUGGACGCGCUGGUGAAGGCGGCGGUGGUAGAAAUCAGUCAGCUUUUCUGUGAGAGCUCUGCGGAGCUGCGCCUGCACUUAACCCAGAGCCUGCGGGAGAACGACAGUCUGCGGACCCGCGUGAAGCUCAUGAGGAGUGAGAUCUUCUCCCUGAAGCUGCAGACCAGAGCUGCACGACCCUCCAGCCGCUUUGGAAUCCUGCGAGCGAACACCCCCAAACCACGAGUUAAAGCACAAGCUCCUGCAGUUUCAGAGGAUCAAACUACCUUCACUGUCACUGAAAAGAAAACACCUGUAGAGUGUCCUGAUGUCAUUUUAAUCAAAGAUGAGGAUGAAUCUGAAGAAGUUACUGCUGGUGACAUUGGAUCUGGCAGCGCAAAGAUGGAGAAUGAAAAUACUGUGGACAUCCCAAGUCAAGCACAGGAAGCUUUCAUAGACCACAGUGGUACUUUUUACAACACAUCUGAUUCUUUGGCUUUUACCUCUUUACCUACCAUGCAAACAGCUUCUCAUGACCUAACUUCCAAUGAACAUAUGCAAAUUACAGUGCAUAAUGACAUAUUUGGGGUGUCACUUGCCAACCACAUUGAAAGAACACCAAUUAUACAAAACGUUACUUCACUAACAAUGAACCAGGACAUGGGUGCAGGUAGUGAAGGCAGCUCCAGUAGUCCUGCCCCAAAGCAACAGAGGUCUAGUCACAAAAUGUUUCCCUGCACCGUCUGCCGGGCUAAAUUCAACACCCGUAGCGAGCUGAACACACAUCGUGCCAGUCAUACGGGUGGCUCUCCCAUCACCUGUAACAUGUGCGGUAAGGUAUUUGUGAGCAAGAACACUUUAGGGAUCCACAUGCGAAUCCACACAGGAGAAAAGCCUUAUGUCUGUUUGCUCUGUGGGAAACGCUUCACACAAAAUGGCGGUCUCCGGAUCCAUCUAAGAACGCAUUCAGGCGAGAAACCUUUCAGCUGUUCAGUGUGCCACACCAGCUUUAACAACCCCAGCAACCUGCGGCGUCAUAAGAUCAUACACGACGCUGUUUAGCAAGCUCAAGAAUUGACUUUGGUAUAUUUAUACUGCCUUCAUACAGAAAUGCCAAAUGUAUUAUAAGUUUAAGUUGUU